UGUAAAUUAGAAAACGGGUGCUCCCUUGCUCUUCAAGUCUCUAACUCUAACCCGUCGUUUUCAUCCUAAAAACGCUCAAAAUCCCCAAAUUUUUCUUUUUAUUUUUGGGUCUUAUGGUUUCGAUUCCAUCGCGUUUGCGUUAAUGGACGCGGAUAUUUGCCGGUGGAUUGCGGAAUUCUUGCUGCGAAACACGGUGCAAGACCAUGCGAUCAAGAAGCUCCUCCAAGUCCUGCCGGUCUCGACCGACUCGCGCUUCAAGAAGACGGUGCUCCUACGCACGAUCCAGGCCGAUAUAUCGGACGCUUCGUUGACCGAGACGACCCUCGAUAAGCUGGAAAUGAUGGAGCAGUACGACCGGGACGACGGGAUCGAGAUCUCGGACUUGCUGAAAACGGCAUAUUGCGCCGUCGCGGUGGAGUGCGCGGUGAAACACCUGGAGGGGAGCCCCCAUGGUCUCGGGAAGUACUUCGAGGCGGUGAAGAGGGUUUUUAGGGACAGAGUCGGUGAUUUGGAGAGGUUGGGGAAGAGUGAGUUGGUUACAGGUGAGUUGAGGCGGUUGGGGGACGAAUUGGAGGCGGCAAUUGGGGACGCCAAUUUAGCGAGGAGGCUGUUGAAGGUGAAUACGAGGAACCGGGCUUUGGAAGCGGUUAGGGUUUACUUGGAGCAGGCAUGGGUGCUUCUGGAUCCUCCGUUUCUCAUGUUGGCUGCGGUGCUGACCGAGCCCUCGGCUGUUCAGACGGUGGACCGGACUGAAGGAGAGCCGGCGGCAAAGAAUGCAUCUAAUGCUGGUCAGCAUGCGAUUGAAUUAACUGGGAAGAAGAUGAACCGGGUUGAGGAAGUGGGGCUAAGGACGACUAAUUUGGAUGAAUUGGCUACAAGGAUGGUGGAUCAGGUUGAAGAGGUGGCGGUGGGUACGCCUAAUGCGGGUUUGGCUGCAAAGCCGGUGAACCAGGUUGCAAAGGUGGCUGCUGGUACGCCAAAUGUGGGUGAUUUAGCCGCGAAGCUGGUAAACGGUGUUGGAGGAGAGCUGGCGCCAGGUAAUAUGCCUAAUGCUAGUCCGGAUGUGUGUGAAUUGACUGCAAAUACCGUGAACCAGGGUGAAGAAGUGGCGGGGAAUAUACCCAAUGCCAAUGACUUGGCUGUGCAUACGGAAAAUCGGGUGGAGGGAGAGCUGGUGGUGAAUACACCCAGUGUGGACCAGGAUGUGGGCGAAUUAGGUGUGAAGGCGGCUAAUCGGGUGGCGAUGAAUACACUAAAUGGGGAUGAAUUGGCGCCAAAGACGGUCAACCAGUUUGAAGAGUUGGUGGCGAGAUUUUCAAAUCCGGGUCAGGAGUUGCGCGAAAAUGAUAGGCCUGAGUCGUGCGAUGGAGAGGAAAAAAGAUCGGUAGCUUUGCCGAGUGGAAGUUGGGGCUCCAUUAUCAGGGAUAGAGCCACUGAUGGGAGAGAGAAUGGGAUACAGCGGGGGUAUGUGCUGCCUAGGCGCAAGCCUGCUGUGUGGCAUAAACGCUCAAAAGGAGGAGUUAAGAUUACAGAUACUGAGGAAGUGGACACUAACUUAUCAUAUAGCAAAUAUGAUUCCUUGACUACCCCUGAAGUUAAUAAAGUACGAGAAGCACUUAAAUCCAGUUCUUUAGAAUUGCAAGCAGUGGUGAAGGACCCUCUUCCUGAUGCAUUGCGGUUCGCUGAAACUGUAAUUUCUGACAAGGUGACAAAAGAUAAUGAGCAUGAACCUUCUGUAGAAAAUCAGAGUGAGAGAGGCGGAGAUCCACCCAAUCCAUCUUUUAAAAAGAGCAUUGAACCUGCAGAAAUUAAUGACUGUACUUGUGAAAACCAGUCCUGCAGUCAUCAGGGCAAUGCUCCUCAACCAAGCUUAAUGGAACGGAAUAGCACUGCUCAUACCUGUGAGUGGGAGGAUUCAAUAGAGGACUCACCCGAAGGAAUGACCAAUCAUACAGGUAGACUUCACUUACCAAGCCCAAGGAGAAAGAAUGUUUUGCCUUUACAGAAGUUUGAGAAUGAAAACUUUCCUAAAAGGAGAAAAAUAAAGAGAUGGAGCUUGUUGGAGGAAGACACUUUAAGAACUGGUGUGCAGAAGUACGGUAAAGGAAACUGGAAGCUCAUCUUGAAUUGCUACCGAGAAAUUUUUGAAGAGAGGACAGAGGUUGAUCUAAAGGACAAGUGGAGGAACAUGACUCGGUCCUGACAUGUGAAGUAGUCUGCAACUUUUUUGUAUUUUGCUCAAAGUUGGUAUAUAACUUAGCAGUAGACUCCAACACAGGUUAUACAACAUCAGGGAUACCCACUUCAUCAUGCUACUUAUUUCCAAUUUGCUUGAGAUAGGUAUAUAUUCUCUGGCCC